AUGUUGCUCCGGUUAUUGGUGGAUGCUAUUAAACGAGGUUGGCGUGACGCAAAUGGUUCCUUUAACAAGCUAACGAUAGAGAAAAAAAUACUAUCAGUUUUAAACCAGAAGCUUGGUUCUGAGAAAAAUUAUAGCCACUACAAGAAUAGAAUGAAGAUACUAAAGGCUAGGUACCAGAGUUAUGUUGAUCUUUUUCGACACAGUUCUGGAUUUGGAUGGGAUCCAGUAACAAAGAAGUUUACUGCUUCUAAUGAAGUGUGGAAUGAUUAUUUCAAGGGACAUUCAAAUCAAAGUCAUCUACGUGACAACUCCUUUGAAGACUAUGAGGAUUUGAACUUGAUAUUUGGAAGUAAUACAGCAACAGGAAAGAAUGCUAUUGGGUUAAGUGAUUCCAGUGCUCAACCUUCUGAGACUCAUGAUAUGAACCCCCUUGAAGAGGACCAAGGAGCAACGUACCACCAUCAAGUUCAUGAGGAUGUGUCUUUCUCUUCAUUAGUAACGGAAAUCAGCAAUCAAGUAUUUGGCAUAUUACAACAAAGAUGGAAACAAGAGGCUGAAGAAAAACAAGCCGAAGAAAAAAUUAAUUGUGUAUGGGAUGCUAUUAAAGAAAUUCCUGAUCUAGAGGAUGACGUUCGGUACGAUGCAAUGACCAAAGUUCACGAGCUGGGAAUGAAAGCAGGAUUUGCUAAAAUGUCUAUAACCGAACGUUUUGGGUGGAUUAAACGUCAUGUCUACAAAUCAUGA